AUGUCGGUAUAUUUAAAAGUAGCAACUUCUUGCUACCCCUCCAAGUUCAUCGCUUGGUUUGAAGCCUGUCAACCUAGGUUAGCUCACCUGCCAAGACGGUUUGCUGUGGAUGUGGCCACUGCCUAUGUACAGCUUCUUAGAGGCACAGGAUGGACAAGGGAGUUGAUCCAGGGCUUAUUAGUAGAUAAAAAAAUCUUUUACAAGACAGCAGAUGUCUGCCAGAUGCUAGUGUGCAGUGUGGAUGGGGAUCUUUACCCACCUCCAGAAGAGCCAGUUGCCACUACUGAUCUGAAAGCAAGUAAGAAAAAAGAUAAGGACAGAGAGAGGAAAUUCAUCUGGAACCAUGGUAUCACUAUGCCACUUAAGAAUGUCAGAAAGAGAAAGUUCCGUAAAACAGCCAAGAAGUACAUUGAAUCACCAGAUGUGGAAAAAGAAGUAAAGAGGCUUCUCAGUACAGAUGCAGAAGCUGUCAGUGCCCGAUGGGAGGUAAUUGCAGAAGAUGAAACAAAGGAAAUAGACAACCAGGUUUCCUUAGCAGGUCUAGAUAUUUCCUCUCCAGGAAUGAGUGGUCAUAAGCAGGGCCAUAGCUCCUCAGAACAUGAUGAGCUUAGGGAGAUAUUUAAUGAUAUUAGCAGCAGUAGUGAAGAAGAAGAAGAGACUCAUGAUGAUGAAGAUAUAAACAUCAUUGACACUGAAGAAGACCUAGAGAGGCAACUACAAGACAAGCUUGAUGAAUCUGAUGAGCAGCGCCAAGAAAAUGAGGAAACAAAUCAGAUGGUCGUGGGAAUUCAGAAGCAGAUUGAUAUAAUGAAAGGUAAACUCCAAGAGACCCAAGUGAGAGCAAAACGACAAGACCUCAUCAUCAAAGUAGAAAAUUCUUCCAUUCACCUCCUCUUUCCUCUCAUUGAGCUCCAUUAGAUCUUGCCUCUACCCCUUCUUUUCUUCAACCUCUCUAGAUCCACCAGCUGCCUGUUCUGAGGAUUGGGAUAGAAUGAGCCCAUUUGAGUCCAUAUUCUGCCUGUGACAUUUUCUAGCUGUGGGACCCCUGGCAAGUCACUUAACU